AUGUUUUUAUUAGGAAUGCUUCAUGCAAUGGCUCGUCUAAAUAAAACAUUAUGUGGUAAAGAAAAACAAUACUUAACUGUUAAAUAUACAUUUGAUGCAAGUGAAAUUUGUGAAAAAGCAUUUCAAACUAUAUAUUCACUAUCUAAUAAAAAAUGGGAAAAUAUUCAUCAGAAUUAUUGUACAAAUG